AUUAAAAGGCGAUGUAGAUUUGACGAUGCAAUAUCAUAUUUCUAAAAAUUAUGGACGAAAUAAAUGGCUUAAUUUAUGGUUUAGAAUUGCAAGCUCGAGCACUGUCCCCUCAAUACGCUGAAACUAAUGAAGUGCGUUUCUUUAUUGCUACCAACUCCUUAAAGCCUACGAAUCAAAUACAUUUGGUUGAGUAUAGUGAAGAAAAAUCUCAAAUAAAUUCGACAAUUUUUGAACACUCUUUUGGAGAGGUGUGGAAGUUAAAUGCAAAUCCCCAUGAUUUAUAUGAGAUCGCAACUUGUUUCAAUGAGCAAACCAGUAAUGGUAUUAAAAGUAAGGCUGCUCUCCUGAAAUAUGGUGAAAAUGAUGAUACAAUAGGGAAAGUUAAAACCGAAUUGAGUUGGCAGCAAGAAGAGAUACUAGAAACGGAGAUUUACGGUGAAAAGGUGAAAACGGUGGAGUUUCAUCCAACACAGAAGCAAAGCCUAGCUUGUGUAAUUGAUAAUAAAGUGAUUUUAUACGAUAGAGCGGAGAGUAAAACGCGCCAGGCGGCGGAAAUCGCAUCAACAAGUAGCUCAUCGAAGCAUUUGAAUCAUCCAUUUACUGGUGGAAAAUGGUCACAUCAUCAUCAGGGUCAGCAAUUUGUAGCGCUGCAUGAUACGUUUAUAAAAGCUUACGAUACAAGGGAUAAUAAUCAUUGUGCUUGGUCCAUAGAAGAUUCCCAUGGUCAGUUGGUACGUGAUAUUGAUUGCAAUCUCAAUAAACAGUGUCAUUUCGUUACCGGAGGAGAUGAUGGUUUUCUCAAACUAUGGGAUUGUCGUAUGCCAAAAGAACCGGUUUUUGCACGAAAUGACCACGCCCAUUGGGUGUGGUGCGUACGUUUCAAUACCUUUCACGAUCAAUUGAUUUUAAGUAGUUCAAGCGAUUGCAAAGUUCUGCUAACGUGCGCUGGUUCCGUAAGCUCAGAGGCUGCAGAAAACGUUAAUCCAAACGCGAUUACAUCCCUUGAAAAUACAACGCAACGUAAAUAUCUGGACGAUGGAUUGUUGCAUACUUUUGAACAACAUGAGGAUUCAGUGUAUUGUGUUGAAUGGAGUAACGUAGAUCCUUGGAUUUUUGCUUCACUAAGCUAUGAUGGACGUUUAUUAAUCUCUAAAGUACCCAAGCAAUAUAAAUAUCAAAUAAUAUUAUAAUUAUUGCAAAUUUUUGUUUUAU